CCUACAAGGGCACCCUACAUUGCAUAUUGAGGGUAGCAGCAACAUCAUCGCUUCCAAAGCUUUCUCCGUAGUCUAGUACAUAUAAGACCGCCGACAUCGUGCUCUCAUCUUCCCUCUUUACUUUCAAGCUCUCAACGCAUCGAGUUCAUUGAAUCUGUUCUUAUCGCGCUGUCGAAAUGUUUUCCAAGGCUCUUUGCGCUGUCUUGCUGGGACUCUGUUUCUCUGCUUUGGCCGUUGAAGCGGCGCCUCACCGUGGUGGCUACGCAAGGAGUGCAGUUGGAAAUGGCAAUACACAUGUCCGUAUCGAGGAGUUGGAUUCGCUCGACCAUGACCCUAGAACCUUCAAGGACGUGAACAGAGCAAUAGCCAACGACGCCGUGGUCACCACCAAUGUUGCCAAAGGUCUCCUUGUCGGUGCCCGCCAGGCCGAUUCCAUCGAUUCAGCAGCAAACCACCAGCCGGUCAUUCAGCCGACCGCCCAACGUGGUUCCCAGGAUGAUAAUGCCACUGUGAGAUUUCAAGAUGUUAUGUUGUCGUGCGGGUUUCUCUCGCUCAUCACUUUGACUAGUUCGCUGUUGUCGCAAGCAAGUCUGCAGCCGCUGAGAGUAUCUUGGCUACCGCAACGGUUGGCACGUUUACCACCAAUGCUGUCAAAGGUCUCCUUGUUGGUGCCCGCCAGGUCGCUCAACAUGGUGCCCAGGAUGAUGGUGCCACUUUCGCUGACGUCGCAAGCAAGUCGUCUGUGGCUACUGAGAGUAUCUCGGCUUCUGCAACGGUCGGCGCGAUCACCACCGGUGUUGUCAAAGGUCACCUUAUUGGUGCCCGCCAGGUCCUUCAGCCGGUCCCUCAGCGUGGUUCCCAGGAUGAUCCUGUCCAUGUGAGAUUUCAAGAUGCUACGUUGUCCUGCAGGGUUCCCUUGCUCAUCCCUUUGACCAGUUCACUGUCGAUGGA